CAGCCUUCACAUAAUGACAAAAAUUGACCCACUAACUCACUAAUCAUCUACUCGGUAGAAAACAAAAGAUGGAUGAGGGAACAGAAAAUGAGGUGGUGAAUUAUGGGGCAACACACGGAAAUGAUGAGGCAGAGAGAAGCGAGGAGAAGAAUCUGGAAGAAGUGUACGAGGAAUUGGGACUCGGUAAAGCUCAGUACUACACCUGGACUGCACUUAUGUUUGUUUCAUUUUCUGAUGUAUCUGAGCUCGUUAUACUGGCAGUUCUGAUCCCGUAUUUGAGGUGCGAAUGGAAUUUGAGUUUAGUUUUUGAGGUCGCUAUAGGUUGCUCGGUGUUCUUUUUCUACGCGAUCGGAGGAGUUCUCUUCGGUAGUCUGUCGGAUAAAAUCGGUAGACGAAAAACUAUUCUGAUAGCAGGUUUCAUUUUAGCGGUCAGCAGUUUCCUGUCUGCCGCAUCGAUAAACAAAUGGAUGUUUUUAUUUACAAGAAUCUCUGUCGGCCUUUGCAUUGGUGCAAACUUUCCAACAGCUUUGGUGUUCAGCUCAGAAAUCACCUGCGCAAAAUACAAAGAAUAUGGUGUAUUUUCGCUGCUUUUGAUCGGUAACAUAUCUUUACUAGUCAUUUCUAUAGAGGCUGUGCUUUUUCUGAACACUUUUGGUUGGCGAGUGUUCAUUAUUGUAGCCAACUUGCCCAUCUUGAUUGCAAUAGUAAUUCUAGCAAUGGUCCCUGAAUCACCUCGUUAUUUGGUUGCCAGCGGACAAGAGGAAAAAGCUAAAAAUGCUCUCAGGAUAUACUUUGACUGGAACAACAAACCCUUUCCAGAAAACCUCAGGAUAAAAACUUUCAACGACGAACGUGGUACCUUAACAGACGUCCUUAAACCUCAGUUCAGAAAAGAAACAAUACUGCUCUCCAUAAUGUAUGCUGGAAACAUAUUCCUGAUAUUUGGGCUCAUAGUUUAUCUACCAUUCGCUGUGUCCAGAGAUAUCUGUGGUGGUGUUGGGUCAGGGUCCAUCGAGCGGACUUGUAAAACUCUAACACGAAGGGAACUGCUUGAUCUUACUUUCAUUUCCGCCGCAGGACUAUUUGCCGUGACCUUGGGCUUGCUUGUAGCAAAGAAACUAGGGCGGGUCUGGCCGAUAAAGGCAUUUGGUAUCAUAGGCUUCCUUUUUACAGCGAGUCUGCUCGUGUGCAUUAACCUAAAUUUUACCAAAGCAUCGUUCUUCUUUAUUAAAUUUUUCGCCUCCGCAUUCAACAUCAUAAUCUGGAUAAUAAUUCCCGAGAUCUAUCCAACUGUUAUUAGAAACACAGCAACGGGAGUUAUCAAUUUCUGGGGUAAAACUGCUGGAGCGAUCAGUACUUUUCUGGUUUAUUUCCUUUACUCAUUUAGCCCUCUCUAUGUUAUCAUUGGUUUUGUAAUUGCCUCCCUACUCUCAAUGAUUGGAGGCAUUUUGUGGUCGAAAGAAACAAAAGAUGCAACAUAUGAAGAAGUUAUGGCAGAUUGCAACCAUGCCGAUUGACAAUGCUUCAGAAUAGUAAGAGAAGAUGAGGGAUGUAUCAAUUUGAAUUUUUAUUAGGUCAGUAAUUACAUUAGCAAUUCCACGAGAUAGAUUGAUGAUAACCUAUUCUAUGAUUGUAGUAGUAGUAUAGAUAAUGUUUAAAUAAAUUGAUUGUGAUCCACACGAAAUUGUUUGAUUUUAAC